UCCCCAACAAUGGAGGCUUCUUCUUGGGCUCUUACAGUAAUGGCAUGGCUAGCUGCCUUAGCCUUUCUCUCAAAAAUAUCCACCUUCAAACGCCACCAACCAAAAUUUCCACCGGGUCCUAAACCUUGGCCAAUCAUCGGCAAUCUAAACCUUAUUGGAGCCCAUCCUCACCAAUCCCUCCACAAAUUGUCACAAAAAUACGGACCGAUUAUGCAACUCAAGUUGGGGUCGGUGUCAGUUGUGGUUGCCUCAUCUCCCGAAAUGGCGAAGCAAUUCCUAAAGACACAUGAUCAUAUCUUUGCCUCUAGACCCCAAACAGCUGCAGGGAAGUACAUUUCUUACAAUUACACCGAUCUCUUAUGGGCACCUUACGGACCAUAUUUCCGGCAAGCACGUAAAAUAUAUAUGUCGGAGGUAUUUACCCCAAAAAGAAUAGAGUCGUAUGAGUAUAUUCGUGUGGAAGAAAGGAGUGCUCUUCUCUCUCGCUUGCUUGCCUUGUCCGGGAAGCCCAUCAGGGUGAAAGAGCAUCUCGUGCGACUCACUCUAAGCGUUAUAAGUAGAAUUGUAUUGGGUAACAAGUAUUUCAGUGAAUCCGAAUCCGAAACUUCUGAAAUCACGUUCAAGGAAUUCAAGCAAAUGAUAGAUGAAUGGCUCUUCCUUAAUGCGGCAUUAAACAUUGGCGACUGGAUUCCUUGGCUCAGUUUCUUGGACUUGCAGGGAUACGUGAAGCGAAUGAAGGCCUUGAAGAAAAAAUUUGAUCGAUUCCAUGACCAUGUUUUUGACGACCACAAGGUGAAGAGAGAAGCGGAGAAGGAUUUCGUGCCCAAGGACAUGGUGGAUCUAUUAUUGCAGCUUGCUGAUGAUCCUAAUACUGAUCAUGUUAAGUUAACUUAUGACAAUGUCAAGGGUCUCACUCAGGAUCUCUUACUAGGGGGCGCGGAUACCUCUGCAACUACAUUGGAAUGGACAAUGUCCGAACUCAUGAAGCAACCACAUCUCAUUAACAAGGCCACUGAAGAGUUGGAUAGGGUUAUUGGAAAAGACAAAUGGGUAGAAGAGAAAGAUAUCCCUCAACUUCCUUACAUAAAUGCAAUUAUGAAGGAAACAAUGAGAAAACACCCAGUUGCCGUACUGCUUGCGCCGCACUCAGCUCUUGAAGACGGUAACAUAGCUGGUUAUGAUAUUAGUAAAGGAAGUACAGUCUUAAUAAAUACAUGGGGUAUGGGAAGAGACCCUUCAAUAUGGGAUGCACCUCAAGAGUUCCGCCCGGAGAGGUUCCUAGGAAAGGCAAUAGAUGUGAAGGGGCAAUAUUUUGAGUUAUUGCCAUUUGGGUCCGGGAGGAGGAUGUGCCCCGGGUACAACCUUGGACUGAAGGUGGUUUCUUCAACCUUGGCUAAUAUGUUACACGGAUUCGAGUGGAAAUUUCCAGACAAUGUGAAACCGGAAGAUUUGAGCAUGGAGGAAGUUUAUAGUUCGGGAGCAUCUAGAAAGUUCCCACUUGUUGCAGUCACGAAGCCACGACUCCCACUUCAUCUUUAUUAGUUGUCUCUUUUAUUGCAUGAAUUAUCCUCCUUGUAUCGCUUUUAAUUUAUGUGUUCCUGUCUUCCUCACUCUUCUCCUUCUUAUAUUAAUUAAUUAUGAGUUGUUAAAUUAUGAUCAAAUAUUAUCAGCUAUGUUACAGUCUUCAAGAGCUGAGUGCGGUGCAAGCAUUAUGGCAGCAGGCCAGGGUGUUUUGUCA